AUAUUUCUCGCCCUAAGUAAAUAACAAUGGCUGAAUAAUAUAUAGACAGUUAAUUGUUAAGAAGUAAAUCUCACAACUUCAUUUUAUAAAGGACCUAACAUUCAAAGUUUCACUCUCAAAGUGAGUACAAAUCUUUUGAUUACAUUAAAAAUCCUCAAUCUUUUUAGAUUUUAUCUUAUGCUAAUUUAGUCUUGAAGUGAAGUCUUCAGUUGUCCGACUUGCCCACUUGCGACAAUUCGUUGUCAGUGUCAGUUGACUUUGACUUUAUGAGUUUUGUCCACAAAAAAAUAUACAGACAACACAGUUCUGGCUAAGAGACAAUGCUCUGGGUCGGGCCAUACAUGAUAACUUAACUUUAAAAUUUGAAGUCAAUUUUAAAGCUUGGGGCGGGCUAAGUUAAAGUACAAGGCCAGGACUAAAUAAUAACUAAGUUAAGUAGCCUUAAGUCACUUAAGUAGGCUAUUUUUUUUUAGCAUCCAAUCAUCCUACAAGCACCAAAAAUGCUACAUUAUUAUAGGUAGUAUAAGAAUAGCUAGUUCUAGGCUCAAGUCCAAAGUGCCUAAUGUUAAUAUGAAUAUAGCCUGCCUAAUGGAAAGGCAGUGUCUACAUGUCCGGCGCGCCGGAUGUAUAUCUCCCGCACUAUCUGUCAGGCGACCAAGUCACAUGACCACCGGAAGAAUAUUUUAUCGAGAUAUUUGUCCGGCGACCAAGUCACAUGACCGCCGUAACAAAGUGGCUCAAGAUAUUCGUCCAUCUGCCUUGUCACGUGACCACAAAUGAUUCAAAACUGUUGUUAAUUUUAAAAUAUAUUUCUCUACCAAGUAAUUUACUAAGUGUCGUGCAAACAUAUAAUAGAAAAAAAAUACUUGGGUAUAUAACCACAACAAAGUGGGGGUUAAACAAUAAUGCAUCCUAGAACGAAGCAAUGCUGAGAGGGAGAGAUUAUUACAGUAAUAAACAUUACGAAUGCUAAAAAAAUAAUAGAGAGGAUGAUUGAUAAAUAAUUACGAUUAAUUGGGGAGGCCGAUAGUUCACAAAGACAUACACCUUACAGCUAAAUAUAGGGCUGAUAUAGUGGUAGCCUAGCCUACGUCUCAUGCAAUAUUAAGUAAUAUAAUCCUGAAAUAUAACUUUAUUGACAUAGAUCUAUUGAAACUGAAGUCUACUGGUCUAAUUUUAUUUGGUUCAUAUUUUAAAUUUAGGCUUCAAGCUAGAGCUUUACAUGAUGUUUAAGCAAGAUAAGGGACAUUUUUCUUUGAAGAGUCAGAAUCAAACAGACUAGUUAUAGUAGUAGUAAUAGUACUACUAUUUAGUAAAUAGGCUGAUCAGUUUAAUAUUCAAAGUCAAACACUUUAUGCAUCUGAAUAUAUUACCAUGUUCAGCAUUUAUUUAUUAUUUAGGGAUUAGCUGAUUAAUAUGUGUCCAUAAUCUUGGAAUAUCAAAUGCAAUGCAACUAUUUUGCCGGCGACAACUCGUUACAUGACAUGUCUACCGCCGAAAUAAUAUCUUCCACUAGUCGUCUGGCGGGCGGUCACGUGCCUGCCAGAAGUAUUUCUCCCACUUGUCGUCCGGCGGUCACAUGACAUGUCCGCAGGACGUAUAUCUCCAGCACUAUUGCACGAACGUGUAGAUACUUCAUAAUGGAAAUACCUACUCUGUGACUGUGUGAAAACUGUAGACUGUGAACAGACUAAAUUUAAUAGGUCAAUUAGGACUAGGGGUGUGCCGGAUCCGUUUUUUCCAACCGGAUCCGGAGAUUUCUUAUGCGAAAUCCGCCGGAUCCGGAUUUUGGUACUUUGCAGAUACCGCUAAAUCUGAGGGGUUGGAUGCCUUCUGAACAGUUGGCACUAUCAUGUAUGGGAUUGGGCCGAUUGGCCACUAUUAGCGGUGCUGACUCUAGCCUCUGGUAUGUUCGGAAUAUUAAACAUUAAACAAGCUCAACGCUCGAAACAAUCGAUUAAUGUAUCGUGAUCGUGUGGGAGAUAUAGCUGAAAGAAACCCUGGUAGUGAUAUCAAACUGUUGUAUUAAAAUCGUUGAAGGCAUAGAGCUGAUUUGCCAGUUAUGAAAAUAUUUUGUAAAUGUCGCUGACUGGAUCUUAUAAAAUACCGGUAUGCCAAAAUCCAACGCUCCACUGCAGAACAGUUGGAUCAUCUAUUUUAUUUUAAAAACCAUCUCUAGUUUUACAAUCGCUGCGGUUCUGAGGAACAAAAUAAUUAUGUACCAAAACUACGUCACACGCUUGGUAGCAGUCAAAGGCGAUGGCGGGUGAAGUUGUCGCUAGGGCGACAAGUCUAAAUAUUACUGUUGACGCAGCCAGCUAGUUCACUGUGAUCCCGUCAAUACGAUACGUCGGGGUUAUUUAUUUAUAUCCUUUGACACUCCCACCAAUCCCCUACCCAUGUGUGUCUCGUAUGCCACAAUUUCCGUCAUCAACAACCCCACCUCCCCAGUCCCCAUGAGUGCUUUCGAAAUAUAAUAAGGAUGGUCCCAACUUUAAAAAAAAAAAAUCCAACCAAUCGUUUUUCUCGUUCAUAUUCACUGCCAGAUCUUUAUUAGAGAGGGCUAAAACGUCCAAACCCGAAAAUUUAUUAAUUUUUUUAAAUCGGGGGAACAUUUUUUCCACCUGGUCUCUGAAAAUCGUAGUUUUGGAGGGUCUUGGCGUACAAUCGUAAAAGACAUCUAAAAAUCGUACAUUGUACGCCAAAAUCGUAAGAGUAAACAGGUCUGGAUCCGGUGAGUCACAAAGUCUGCCGAAUUCCGGUAUAUUCCGGAUUCCGGUUGUUCUGGAUACAUGUAAAUCCGGCGGAACCGGAUUUCACCGGAUAGUGCAAAAUCCGGCGGAACCGGAUUCCGGACCGGAUUCCGGCACACCCCUAAUUAGGACCCCUACUGGCAGUAACUUGUGUCAUUCUAAAUAGACAUUUAAAUGAAAUAUUCUACAGCCUAAUGAAAAAUAUUGGUAAAUUUACAUUUGAAGUUUCGGUCCAGAGUUUCUGACGAGUGACCUCCCCUUUGUUUAGAUUGUUACUAGAGUUAACUAUUCCUGUUUUAAUAUUAAAACGCCAAUUGAAUGAUUUUGUUUGAUGGCUUUUUAAAAUUAAUAUAUCAUAACAUGGUUGAUUAUAAUAUUUCAAAAGAGGCUAUUUUGAAUUUGUUAUUAAAUUGUCUGAUCAUUUUGAAACAUGGAUUUUGACUUUCUGACAUCUUUUAGAUUUAUGAAGUGUUUAAAAGUGUAUUCGAUGAAACUUUAAUUUGAAUACUUUGAAAGUAGUUUAAAUAUUUUUAUUAAAAUUAAUGAUUUUCUCAAUACAGUGUAACUGUAGCAUGGGAAUAUGGUUUUUUUUGUGUUUUUUUGUUGAAACUUUUGAUCAGCGGUUCUCAACCUGUGGGUCGCGACCCCUUUGGGGGUCGCACGACCCUUUUACAGGGGUGGCCUAAGACCAUCUUAAAACACAUAUAAUCCACAGUUGUAAAGUAUCAACGAAAAUAACUUUGUUGUUGUGGGUCGCCACAACAUGGGGAUCUGUAUUAAAGGGUCCCGGCAGUAGAAAGGUUGAGAACCACAGCUCUAGAUCAACUGUAUAGUAGACAGAUUCAUUUGUUGUCUGAGUUAUGAAAAGAAAGUGGUUCCAGAUUUGAAACACUCUCAUUGCACUCCCACAUGAGGUGUCUUUUCAACCACAUAUAUGAGUGUGAGAUAGCUUGUCCCACACUGCUUUAUUCCAAACAAAAUCCAGAUGAGAUGCGAAAAAUGACAUGAGAGUUGCACUGGCCAAAACAACACCAAACAUAGAAGAACUAAAAAGCAGUUGCAUUCAACUUAUUGAAUGUACAUUUGAUGAAUGAGAUGUACUUGUUUUCUGAAUGAGUAAUUAAUUGUUUGUCAAAUUUUGCUCUGGUAACAGUAGCCUAUUUUUAAAGUGUAUUCAAUUUUAAAGGGUCCACGAAUGAUAUAAAAAAUUGUAAAGACUGUCAUGCAAGAAAUACUGAAAAUGUUUAAGAACCACUGGUUUAAACAUAUUGUCAUUAGUAAGCCAAUCUUUCAGCGAAGCUUUAUUUUGCAUUGUUCAAAUUUUGUAUACUGGUAUUUAGUGACUUAAGGCUUAAAAAUUAAAGUAUGAUAUUUCUAUCCAGCAAUAAUGGCUAUGCCGCCACCAGUGCCUCCGGGCAAACGUAAGGAAAUUUAUAAAUAUGAGGCACCAUGGACAGUGUACAGCAUGAACUGGAGUGUCAGACCUGACAAACGAUUUCGACUUGCUCUUGGAAGUUUUGUUGAGGAAUACAAUAAUAAGGUAUGUUAAUGUAAAGACAGAAGAAAUUGUUCUAAUGUUGGAAAUGGAUUAUUCAUUUUGAAACAUAGAAUUACAUUAUUUUUAAAAUUGUAGAACUGUCAAUAAUUUCAAAUGGCCCACUAAUAUUUUUUUUCAAUAUUACAAAAAAUAUGUGUAAAAAUUCUAAUUAAAAAAAGAAAGGUUACUGGCCUUACUUUAUAGUUAUACCAUUGAUAUUUUUGUAAAUUGCAUAACCGGUACCGGUAGUUGAAAUUAUCAAAUAAAAUAUUAAAUUUGAUUAAAGAAAAAUAAAAAAAAAUGCCUGAAGCCUUCAUCAACAGACGUUCAAAAUAAAAAUAACUAAAUGAAGUACGAAGAAAAACUUUUAGGGUUAAACAAUAAAAUCAAGGAAAUGAGAGUGGAAACAAUAAGCUUCUAAAAACAGUAUAACUAAGGGAAAGGACAGCUGUAAGAGGGUGACUCCAUUGUCUGACUAGUGUCUAGGCAGCACCAUAAAGAAGGAAGGAGGGACGGAAGAAGAUAUGAAAGACAAAAUCCAAACGGUAUAUUGAACAUUUUUUUAUGCUCAGUGUCAAGGGUAUAAGAAUCACUGUUGUUAUGUGUAGAUUAUUGUUUCAAUGUUUGAUAGUGAAAAGAUGUUUAGUCAAAGAUUUUAUGUGUAGCUGUAUCCUUUGUGUGAGAGUGUUGUGACGUAAUUGUGUAGUGGGAAGUGACGCGUUUGUUUUUUGUUGUUGUUAUAGAAGAUAGAUGGCGGUUGUUGAGCUGAGAGAAUUGAUGGCGGGUAUACUGGAUGAAUUGUUUGGAUUGGUAUAUUGAGUAAUGUUUGGUAAGAGUGAUUUGAUUAUCAAAUUCUGAAAUUAUACAUCAAGUCUUGUUCAUCGAGUAGUGUUAAAUAAACUACUAUGUAGCUACAAACAUGUUAACGUUGGUUGUAUUAGUAACUGUUGAUAUUAGCUAUAUUGUAGACUAGUAGACACUCAUUGCCAUGAGCGAAUAAUUACAACACAACGGAUUCAACGUCUCGACACUCAGUGAGGUCCAAAUCCUAACAUUAAAAAAAUACCAACUGGGAAUUUUAUGGAAGGUAAACAUGGAGUUACAGCAAGGAUAGUUUUUUUUUUAAAAAGAAAAAUUACACCUUUAUAAUCUAAUGUCUAAGACAAAUAUUAAACAUAAAAUGGAAAUUUCAACAUAUGCUAAACUGUUUAAAACAACAAACAUCUUACCAACAGAAUGGCUUCAUAAAAAUGAAAAGGAAGUUGACUGAACAAUACUUAGACUUAGAAAGUUUUAAAAAUGCUAGUAAUCUUGACAAAAAUGUUUUUUUCCAGGUUCAGAUUGUCAGUUUAGAUGAGGAGACAUCAGAUUUCUCUGCAAAAAGCACAUUUGAUCAUCCAUAUCCUACCACAAAAAUCAUGUGGAUUCCAGACUCUGUAAGCUAAAAUAAUAUUUUAUUUUUUGGUUCGGUUAACUUAUAUUAAAUAAUUUAUUAGUUUUACUCUAAGAGUUUGUGUAAUCUAAAAUAUGUUUAAAAGAAGUUUAAUGUCUGUAUUGUUAAAAUAUUUUUUUUUCCUUUUUUAAUUUAAGUCAAAGUUAUUUUCUUUCAUUAAUUGUAAAGAAAAAUCCUCCCUGGCUUUUUUGGAAUUAAAAUAUUGGUGUGAAACCCUAUAUGGGUGAGAAGCAAUGUCAAAUUCAAGCAGGUCUCCCUCUGUGUUAAUUGUUCUAAUAUUUGUUGUUAAAUUUUUAAUAAUAAUAGAGACAGUGAAUGGAAGCAAAGAAGGGUUAUUGAUUUUAUUAAACAUAUCUAUCCCUCCAUGCUACAGAAAGGUGUAUUCCCUGAUCUGUUAGCAACCUCAGGUGACUAUUUGCGAGUUUGGAGGGUGGGUGACACAGAAACAAGACUUGAAUGUUUACUCAAUAAUGUAAGUUCUGUCUACUUAUUGUAAGUUCACAUGUGUGCGAAAUGUAAAACCUGUGAAAUAUGGUCGUAACUUUGAUUUCCUUCGUUACUGUUACGAUUGAGAGAUUUUCUUUUUUAUUUAAUUAUCAAGAGACGGAUUAAAACUGUUUUCAUUGACCCUCUCAGAACAAGAACUCAGACUUUUGUGCGCCACUAACAUCAUUUGACUGGAAUGAGGUAGAUGCCAACUUGUUGGGGACAUCUAGCAUUGAUACAACUUGUACUAUAUGGGGCUUAGAGGUGAGUGACCUCUUUAUAAAUAUAUAUAGAAAAGGUAUGAAUAGUUAUUAUUAUUAUUUUUAAAAAAAAAUUUCUUUGGAUGCUGGGUGGUGGAGUGGUCUUAAACUGAGUCAAUACCAAGCUUGUGGACUGCUGUUCAAUCCCCAGCAAAAGCCUAGACAAGCAAAAGCAACACCAGCACCCCGGGUGGAUGGGACUCAUUAAUCUUGGAUGGCACCUCAUCUAAGAAGAGGCAAACUUUGAAAUCAAACCCCAAGAUGGAGUUCCGUAGGUGAUAGGUCAUUGACACAAAAUGAAAAUUCCUACAGUUUCUGUGACAUGGAACACAAUAAAAAAAAAAAGCACUGGAAUAAGACACAACGUCUUGACUAAGUCUUGCAAUUGGAAUAAAUAGGCAAGGCAAGAGUGGGGCUGACAAAUUGAACAACUCUUCCCUCACUUUGAACAUAAUACAACUCAAGUGAAGGCUACUACAUCUUCGCAUGUAAAAGACAAACAAUUUAGUAGUUAUUUUUAUUUAAAUGUAUUUGAUAAUGAUGUUGCUUAAUACACAUUUUCUGAAGUAACACCCCCUCCACAAAACUGUACAAACUUAUAUGUGUUACAUGAAUUUAUUUCACAAUAUAGCUUUAAUAUAGACACCAAUUAAACAUUUUUUUCACUUGAUAGAGCACAGUUGUUGGAAUAGCUUUACUAUCUUUAUUGUUAGUUCUACCUCUUAUUUUUUUACAUUCUUUAUUGCCUCACCUUUGCACCAUUUGAACAGACUGGUCAGAUGCUGGGUCGUGUGAAUGUUGUGUCGGGCCAUGUUAAAACACAACUCAUUGCCCACGACAAGGAGGUUUAUGAUAUUGCAUUCAGUCGAGCUGGAGGUGGUCGAGACAUGUUUGCUAGUGUCGGUAAGUUGCCCUCACGCCUUAGUUAAAAUGUGGCUCUGCUUUCAUAGGGGUUUGUAAAAAUAAUGUAUUGAUUCCCUUUAAGUGACAUGGAAUGAGUUUAGACAUUCAAAUAUAAAAAGAUAUUUUAACUUAACAGUUACAGGGCUUCUACAGGGGAUGUUUUUUUUUCUCACUGCCUUUCUAUGUUUUAGACUAAAGCCCUCAGCCACACAAUACACAAUCACUUCAUUGAGAAAAUGAUGUUAAAUAAUUGGAUCGAUUUAAAUAACUUGUUUUUAAAAUUGCAACACUUUUUUUUUAGAAGUAUUCUUUUUUGUCAAUAAUAAUACAUCCUAAAGUUUGAAUGAUGCACUAUGACAUGUGGGGAAAAAUAUAUACAAACUUGAUUUUUAAUAACUAUAGUCCUCAGGGCUGACAUCCCUAGAGUUCGUCGUAAUCUUCCAAGCUAAUAUUGCAUAAGAGCACCAGCUAGUCCUCCUAAAGAAAGAUAAAAAAAUAUAUAUAGACACUCACCCACCGGAAAUGUUUUUAAAAAUAUUCCAUCAGUAUAAGAACAAGCAAAGAAACAAUAUAUAUGAAAAACUUUUAUAUUUAAGAUCAUUAGCCCGGGUGUAUUUAUUGUAAUGAUAGAACCAUCAAAAUGUAACACUAUUUUGUCUUUUGGGUAGCCAAAUUUAAUUAGCACUAUUAAAAGGUGUCUUUUAGGUAGCCAAUUUUAAUUUAUAAUAAGGUUAAACUUAAUCCUGUCCCCAGGUGCUGACGGCUCGGUGCGAAUGUUUGACCUCAGGCACCUGGAACAUUCAACCAUUAUCUAUGAGGAUCAGCAACAUGUUCCACUACUGAGACUGGCAUGGAACAAACAGGACCCCAACUACCUGGCCACCAUGGCUCUAGAUGCUCUUGAGGUUAGUGUUAUAUAAUAUCAUCAGUCAAAAUUUCUCAUCGUACAUUGUUUUGAAAUAGACACAAUUUAUUUAUGAAUCAUAAAGAAAAAUCACAAAUUUCACAAUGCAAAAUUUUAUAAUUUAAAAUUAAUAUUUAAAAAAAUGAAUGAUUGAAAUAUUACCUCAUCUUUCAGGUAAUCAUACUUGAUGUAAGAGUGCCCUGUACUCCAGUUGCCCGUUUGGCAAAUCACAGAGCUUGUGUGAAUGGUAUUGGAUGGGCUCCCCAUUCUAGUUGCCAUAUAUGCACUGCUGGUGAGUAGCAUGUGUUCUGAUGUGGGUAACCACUGCAAAAAUUACAGAUAUGAGUAAGAGUUUAAUAAAAAAAUAAUUACAGAUUUAGUUUGAUACUGAAUAACAAUAUUUAUCUAAAAAAUAGAUGUUUCAUAAAUUACCCUUUUUCUCCUCUAAGUUAUCAGGAGGAUUUGUAGUGACCUAGAAUUGAGUGCCAAUAAAAAUAAAAUUUUAUAUAUUAUUGAAAUCCACUUAUGGGGUGGAGGAUGGGGGUGGGGGGGUGGGGUUUGUAGUACUAGUAUGAAUUUGCUAAAGGUGACAAUAAUUUGCUCUGAUCUCAUUUGUUAAGUUUUAUGUCUUAACAUUGCCCUUGCUGCUAUCCAACUGACCUGUUUUUCAAUUCAUGUCAGGAGAUGAUCACCAGGCCCUGAUUUGGGACAUCCAGCAGAUGCCGCGGGCCAUUGAAGAUCCAAUCCUGGCGUACACGGCCGGCGGAGAGAUCAAUCAGAUUCAGUGGUCGUCCACACAGCCAGAUUGGAUCAGUAUUUGCUACAACAACUGCAUGGAGAUAUUGCGAGUCUAGGGAUUCUGUGUGAAUGGGGAUUACUGAAAGUUUUUGUCUACUGGUUAGAAUGGAGAAUAGCUGAUUUAUACUGUGUGCUUGAGAAUGAAAGAGAGUCUGGUAAUGUCAGUAUGAAAACAAAAUGUUCUGAAAAAGACCCAUCUAGGGGCUAUGUCAUGCCAUCAACCAUCCUGCCAUUAACCAUAUAUCAGUUUAAUUUUUUUUUUUAAAGAUGCAGAAAUAUUUAGUAGUUUUCAUUUGCACAUGUUCCAAACAUUUACCUCUUUGAAAUAUCUCUGAAAGGCUAGUUAUGUAAGUUGCGAAUUGUUUCCUAAUUUUUCAAAUCCGCUAUAUUUAUAAUAAAAUCAUUAAAUUUUAGAUAUUAGACAUUUCAUUUGAGAUAUUGAAGUUAUUUGAAGCACAUAUGCUUUUAUGUUUGUCAAAUAUCAGCCUAUUUGAUUUAAAAAAAAUAUUACUUUGAUGUUUGUCAUAUUUCAUUGCAUGUGAGUUUAUAUUAUAUUUAUAUAAACUAUAAUGCAGUUAUAUUUUGAUGUUUUCAUUUUUCAGUCACUGUGGGGUAAUUUGCGAGGGGGAUAAUUAAAGGCUUAUCACAUUGAAAGAUUUAGCUGUAUAAAAGUAUACUUAGCAGUUUGAAAUUGGAAACAACCAUUUUUAAGUGAAAUUAUAAUCAUAUGUUUCAAAAUUCACUAAGGUCACUUUUCAUGCAUAAUGUCAAUCAGUGGGGAUGGGGGACUGCAAAAUAAAUCGGCUGUAAAUAGUUAAAAAUAAUUUUGAAAAUUAUUUUUAUACAAUCGCAGUAAUUUCCUGUUCGCUUAAUCAGUUUGAUACCGAUUGACUGAAAUUCCAACUUAAAUGAAUAUUAUUAACGUAUAUUAACAAAUAUUUUGACAUAGAACUACAACUCCAAGAUGCUUGUAGCCAUAGAACUAAAUAUUUCUUUAAAAAAUAUCUGUAAAUAAUAUCAUGUUUUGUCUUUUAAGUUAUUUUAUGUUUCUCAGUAAAAAAGACAUUUACAUACAUAUACAUGCUGCCAAUAUUGUUUGCUUUUUUUUACAGUCUUAACUGAUUUUGUAACAUUGCUAGGACUCUUAAGCUUAGGAAUGGAAAGUGUAUAAUUUUAUACAUUUAAUUUAGCUCAUGUUUAGUCAAAUUGGGAGAAAACUAAAAAUAAUAUUUGACUUGUGUCGCUUUACAAAGAUUUUCAAGAAAACAUUAAAAUUAACCCUUUCAUUACCACUGUUUUUUGGGGGGGGGGCGCAUCGAUUUUUGCUGACUCUGCAAUAAAAACUUAAAAGAAACUUCCAGUAUCAUUCAUUCCUUUUCAGAUUCGCUUAUUAACUUCUCUAUAGAUUAUAGAUUAACGAAUAAAGAAAUAAAUAGCAUUGAAAUAUGAUGUCGAUGUGACGACAUAGUAUUUCAGAAAAGUUCUUUGCCUCUUUGUUAUGACGACAAUGUGACGUCCUUGGUAAUUGAAAGUGGGUGAUCAUGGAGUCGCGUCGACAUCAUCGGUAACAAAAGGGUUAAUUCACUUUCCAUAUUCAUAUAGGCUGUGUUUUAAAAAGCCACUGGAAUAAUUUAAUAGAUCAAAAUUCCCCUAAAAAUUCAAUAAUGAGAAUAUUUGUGUUUAUUGUAAAGCAGGCUUUGUGACUGUUGUAAUUUAAAAUCUGUUAUUAUUUGUAAAAAAAAAUGACACUUUUCCUUGACAUUUUAAUCCCCUUGGAAUCAAGGAGAUCUGAUUUUUAAUAUUUUUUUGUCAAAAGAAAAAUGUAAAAAAAAAAUAUGAAGAAUUUUAAUAUCCAAAGUGAAUAUUUCAUUCAUUUUCAUUAAAAUUUUGUACCAUGUAAUAAUUGGAAGUUUAAAAAAAAGUUUG